UUCCCCGAGUUCGGUUUUGUCAAGCGUUGAAUGCUUCCCGUUUCCCCAAAGGAUCUUGCUUGAUUGUUGCUUGGCACAUUGGCACCACUUGAAAAUCAUUGAGUGCAAAGGAUCUCGGCAGGGUAAUAGUUGCGUUUCAAUAAUAAUUACAGAACAACACACCAUGAUGAUGUAUCUACGAGGAGGAAUCCGACCAGCAGCAGCCAGAAUGCUCCUCCACAGGAGACCGCUGUCUUUUCUCUGUUCGAGAGCUGCUUCUCCUUUGGCCACAAGCUCCUCGAGUUUUUCUCUUUCCACAAGACCAACGACUGCAUCUUCGGCAUGUACCGGUACCAUCCGCAGCAGCAGCAGGAUCCGCCAAUUGGCGCUUCAGAUUGUGGUGGGACAACGACAGCGUCGAUUAUUUUCUACCAUCAGCAAUAAUAGCAGUGGUUCUGUAAAAGAAUUACCCGUCAAAAUCUUGUACGGCACGCAAGGUGGGACGGCACAACUCUUUGCCAUGCAAUUGGCCGAAGCCUUGGAGGAGGUGGCACCAGACAUUGAAGUCACCAUUGAAGGACUACACGAAAAUUCACCCGAUAGUGUACUACAACCUGGUCAAGCGCUUCAUGUGCUCUUGUCCUCGACGGCGGGAGUGGGAGAGCCACCCGAUAAUGCCCGAGAUUUUUGGAAGUGGUUGUCAUCACAGGAGAGUGACAACCUCAAAGGAGUCGAUUUUUGUGUCUUUGGAUUGGGGAAUCAAAAGGCACAUCCCAAUCAUUACAAUGUCAUUGGAAAAGGAUUGGAUAAAAAACUACACAAACUAGGUGCCAACCGAGUCUUUGCACUAGGACUUGGGGACGACGGAGACUGCCUAGAAGAUGAUUAUGAUACCUGGAUGGAAUCCUUUCUACAGGCUGUCUAUAAAGGAGGAGGAGACAGUGAGGAAAAGGUAAAAGGUGACGCAUCAGCAAACGAAACAACGGCAACUCAACCACCAGCACCUGCCAGUUCGGUGGUUGUGGAGGAUCCUACCGUUACAAUGCAAGCUUGCACGGGUGCCAAAGAAGGAAAUGGAGGAAAACGACUCAUCUCGGCCAAGCAUGGACGUUUGCGUCUAGCGCCGUCGGGAACCGAUGUCAGUAGGGAUGACUUAUUGCACCUUGAUGCACCCUUUUAUAUUCCAAACACAACACGCAUGCCCGUUGUCAGCAAUCGACCGCUCAAUCCAAAUGCCGGAGAAAAUGGAUUGUAUGAGAUGAGAGUGUCGCUGGAGAGAGACUGGGGUAACACGUUCCAGUACGAAACGGGAGACCAUCUCAUGGUGUACCCUCAGAACAGCCAAGCCAUGAUUGAAGGCGUCCUGGAACGGUUGGAUGUGGAUCCACAUGUCGUGAUCCAAGCUCCCGAAAACGAGGACCCCAAAAAGCCAUAUCCCCAUCCUACCGGCAUCACCUUGACAGAAACACUGCGUCAUUGUGUCGACCUUUGUGCCCUGCCAUCGCCCAAUGUAGCACGGCUCCUGUUGGGACGGUCACAGAUUGAUUACAAACACGAGAUUGCAAUGCCGCGAAGGAACAUACUCGACUUGAUGGCAGACGAAUCGGCACCUCGCAAGUUUGCUCUGGAGGAAAUCUUGUACAAUAUGGUGCCCAUGAAGCCGCGCUACUACUCGAUUGCGUCCUCAUCAUUGGUGCAUCCAGAACAAGUAUAUCUGGUCUACCGACCGGUACAGUUCACAAACAACCGGGGACAACUACGAAUGGGCGUUUGCACCUCGUUUUUGAAAAAUAUGAUGGGGAAGCACGAUGCCAUUCUCGAUGAUGAAUAUAAUCUCGGUGGUGCCGUGACACCGCCUUCGUCGCAUUUGGUGGCUGCUGUCAAUUCCAAUCCAUCCUUUCGAUUGCCUUCGGAGCGACAGACACCGGUUCUCUUUGUUGCUGGAGGAUGCGGCGUGGCUCCCAUUCGAGCCUUUCUAGAAGAGAGAAUCCAUCUCGCUAGUGAAAAUAAUCACAGACCCUUCGGAGAGGGAUACCUGUUCCUGGGCUUUCGGUCUCCCGGAGACGCCCCAUACAAGUCCAUGGUUCAGCUGGCCUUUCAAAUUGGUGCCAUUUCCAAUGUUCACAUUACAUACAACAGUGGUUGCGGAGAAGGCUUGAAUGCUCAGUUGUUGGGAAACAGCGACGUUCGAGCUCACACCAGCUGUGGACUGGUUUCUGACGCGAUUGGUGAACACAGUGAACAGUUGUAUUCCUUCUUUGAGAGGGGAGGGCAUACCUUUAUUUGUGGCGGGGCACGACUUUUUGGAGUGGCCAUUGAGAAUCAGGUGCAUCAGCUUUUACAGAAUCAUGGUGAUCUGAGCGAAAGCGCCGCAACCGAGUAUCUGCAAGGAAUGCUGGCCGAUGGGAGAUUCAACGAGGACUUGUCAGAUUGAGACAAGAUUCGAGAUGCUUGCCAGCUGCAUGACUGGCUUCUGCAUCAAACUGCAUGACGGUGUAGUGUAAUGCUAACCCUGGGCUGAAGUUACCCUGGAGACUUUAUGUACCGUACUGUUGACUAAACGAGCUAUGCGUAAGCUGAUUUCCAUUGACACUGUCAAGGAUUACAGUUCCAUAGCGAAAACAAUUACUCGU